AUGCACAGUUCUUUUAUAACAUCCUUUCAGUCUGAGAAUCAACGGCCCACAGCGUCUGCGGAGUCGCCCGCAGAAGAACUAGCCAUCCAUAAAGCCGACAUAGGUCCCAUCGAGAACGCAAUAGCCAUGUGCAAGCAAAGACUGGCUGAUAUUCAGGGUGACAUUGAUCGAUUCGAAGUUGAAAUUGACUGGGUCGAGAGGAGAAUAAUUGAUCCUGAAGACGAAAUAGAGAUGUAUGAGCUCAGGAUAUCUGUGAGCGAGGCCGAUCACGCUCACACAAGCGCCGAACUGGAGGCUCUUCAGGCACAACUGGCUACUCUACCAAAGCGGAUUUCCAUGGACCAAUGGGACUUUGAAACUAAUGGAUUUGCUUACUGGUUCACAGGCUACUCGGCACCACGCUAG